ACAAAAAGUCAGAAUGAGUCUCCGUGGUGCUGACAAGACGGCCGUGGAGCAAUCCUGGACACGGCUGGUCCAGUCGUCCUUCCAAGACGCUGGCGAGAAAGUCUUUCUCAAGCUACUCAAGAAUGAUUCUACUAAGGCGAACUUCAAGAAGUUCAAAGACAUCCCAUACAGCAAACUUGCUGGUAAUGACGCCGUCCGUGAGCAUGGUGGGAAGGUAAUUCAGGUGUUGGAUGACUUCAUCAAAGGUCUGGACGGCAGCGGGUGUGAGGCCGUGAAGAAGGCCGCACGACUCCACAAGGCGGCCGGCAUGACUCACGACCAGAUCGACCUUAUGAAGCCUGCCCUGUGUGAGGUGUUGGACGAGGCGGGAUGCGGCGACGCCAAGGCCUCCUGGGAGGAGCUGUGGCGCCUGUUCAUGGCCGCGCACCGCGACGUGUACUGAGCGCCCCCUAGCGACAUUGACGUGAAAU